UAUUAUUCCUUUCCCACUCAUUUGCAUCCUUAUCUUUCUCCCUCAUCAAAAGUCAGCGCCUUCUUUUGUCUUUCUCUCUCUGUCCUCAGAGCCAGAGCUAGAGACAACACGGGGUACAGAGCUUGUCGGAGCACCACCAUGGAGGUCGACUGGGAUCUUCAGGCAGUCGUGAGAGGCUGUUCCACAGCCGGAGCAGGUGUCAGGGCUUCUACUACUACUACGGCCACAUCAACCACCACCUCCCCUGUUUUCAUGGCGGAUUUUCAAACCACAGCCGCGAGCUCCUCUUCCUUCUUAUUUUCUUCUUCUUCUUCUCCUUCUCCAUUCGGUAGUACUAGUUGUAAUAGCAGUAGUAUUAGUGAACACCAGAGCUCUGGUCAACUCUUUCUUCUUCCAGAUCCCAAUAGUAUGAGACCCAGAAACUUCGUUGUUGAAGAGCUUCAUGAGCUUUACAAGCCUUUCUUCCCUAAAUCUCAUGCUCAGAUUCAGACUCCUCUGUCGUCGCUUUCUUCAAUAUGUAGCAGUACUAGCACUAGUACUACUAUUAGGUCAAAUGACCAAAUACGACAAGUAAAGCAAGUUCACCACCAACACCAACACCAACCCACUACUAAGCAAUCUCAUAAUAAUGGCUCCACGACCACCCCACGGUCCAAAAAGAGGAAGAAUCAACUAAAGAAAGUUUGCCAAGUACCAGCUGAGAGUCUCUCUUCAGACAUCUGGGCAUGGCGUAAAUAUGGCCAAAAACCCAUCAAAGGCUCCCCAUAUCCAAGGGGAUAUUAUAGAUGUAGUAGCUCAAAAGGUUGUUUGGCCCGGAAACAAGUGGAGCGGAACCGGACUGACCCGGGAAUGUUUAUAGUCACUUACACCGCCGAGCACAACCACCCAGCUCCAACUCACCGUAACUCACUUGCCGGUUCCACUCGCCAGAAGCCCUCUACUCCCCAAUCCAUCUCCGGCACCAGCGACCUCAACAAUCCGGCUACCAAGACUUCCUCUCCGGCGACCUCAGGUGAAGAAGAGGUCUUCGUUCCUCAAACACACAGUACAACCACUGAAAGCAAAGAUGGACCAGAGAGUGUUUUAAUGGAUGAUGACGAUGAAGACGAGUUUGGGCUGUCAGAUGUGGCCAUGAGCGACGAUUUCUUCGUGGGUUUGGAGGGUCUCGGAAGUCCGACCACCGGGGAGUUCUUUUCCGAUAAUUUCCCGACAAGUUUUUCCCUUCCGUGGGUUGCAAAUAGCGCCGCCACGGCUGCCGGCGGCCGCUAAGUAGCCGGAUCAUUCGCUGACGAUCGAUAUGGGUAUCAAAGAGAAUGAGAAACGAUUAAAUGGAGUGGAAUCUUGGGCUAACUAUGAAGUUUAGUGAGAUUAGUUUAAAAAACAAAAAACAGAGUUGUAAUUAGUCAUUUAAUUAUCUCUUUUGUUAAUUAAUUUAUUUUUGGUUUUGAGUAUAGUUAUAAAAGCUAGAUAUUAAUUUUUCAGAAUCAUUAUUUUUGGUUAUAUGUAUUUACUGAUGGUAGAAUAUCACUUCACUUGUUCAAACUUUCUAUUCAUUACCUUUUAUGUAAAAUUUGGAAUCAAAUAUGUUACGAAGUCAUCAUUAUUUUGAGAGGA